UGAGGAGGACCGGGAAGGGCGUCAGUGGGGAAGGAGGGCGGCGAAGGAGGGAGCCGGGGACCGGACCCAUGGCGGCGGCGGCGGCUCCUCGGCCGGGAUCACUUUCGCCCUCAGCCUCCCUUCCCUUCUCCCUCCCAAAAGCUGGAGGAGAGAAAAUGGCGGCGGCUCUGAGGGAGCGCGGAAGGAAAGCGAGGCAAAGCCGCGGCGGUGGCAGCGCCUUCGCCUUUUUCCUCGGACAGGACGCUUCGAGCCGCGGCUGAGGGGAGGAAAGCGGCGGCGGUUGCUCAGCCUUUAAGGGCUUUUAUCCAGGACGGCCAUCUCUCGUCCUUCUCCCCAGCCUUGCUCGCCUCGCGUCCCGCCGUCCCCACACAGCAGACUUGGGGAAGGAAAGAAGGAAGAUGGCCGGCGCCCGCCCAGCAGAGGAGGGCAGCUUGCAAAGCCUGCCCUGUUGCCUUGACGCCCUUUCCCUAUAGAAAUCACCACCAAAAAAAGGCUUCAUCUGGAAAGGACAGGAAAAAAACACACCAAGCUGCACAGAAUUAUUACAGUUCCUGUGUAGAACUACCUCUCCAACUGCACAAGAUUCACUGGAAAGGUAUACAGAAUUUUGCAAUGUUCAGAGCAGAACAACAAAUGAAAAACAAAGGCAAAAGUGGAAAUGAGAUCUGUGAAGUUGAGAAAUCUCACUGAAGCAGAUGGAAGCUUGGUGGGGUGAAAUGAAUUUCAGCCAACCUUUUGAGUAAAUAAGAAUGGGCCCAGAUGUGCCUCUGCUGAAUGAUCACAAACAAGAAUUCCUCCUGAAGCGAUUUUCACAGAGUGUCCUGGGUGGCCCUCGAUUUAAAUUAGGACAUUGCGCACCUUCUUACAUUUACGUGAAUCAAAUUAUUCUCUUCCUGAUACCAUGGGUUCUUGGAGGAAUAGGGACACUUCUGUAUCAGCUAAGUGUUCUGGAAGACUAUGGUGCAUCUGCACUUUCUGGAGCCCUAAUGCUAGCUGCAGCCUUAAUCGUUCAGGCAACAAACUUGUAUGCAAGACAGAAAACCACAGCAGUGGAAAAAGUGCAUACCCGCAGUAUCCUAACGGAUGAAGACGAGUGGGAGUUUUCUAGCUGUGUGGAUUCAGAGACAAUCAAAUUUAUUAUUUCAGGCAAAAAAUACAUCGUUAACAUUGUUUUUCACUCUGUCCUGGCUGGGGUACUGUGUGGCCUAGGCACAUGGUAUUUGCUGCCAAACAGGAUUGCCUUAUUAUAUGGAGGAAACAUUGGUAGCACUGUUACCAUCUUCAUUUUUGGAUGGUUGACCAUCUGCAUAGGGGAAUACUCAUUAAUCAUCAAUACGUCUUCAGAGACAGCUGCUUUCCAAGCUCUAGACAAUUAUGAAAUCAUCCCACUUAUGAGACCUUUCUACAUUUUUGUCUUCAUUGCAGUGGAUCUCACUCACAGGUUUGCUGCUGAUGUACCAGCUUUAAACCUGACAAACCAGAUUUUGCACAUUGUGUUUUUGUUUUUGCCUCUGUUGUGGAUUCUGGGGAUUCUGCCUCCACUGGAUGCACUUUUUCUCUGGGCAAUGGAGCAAGUAUUGGAGCUUGGUCUAGGAGGUUCACCCAUGUCAAGUAACAUGAGGCUGCUAUCAAUGUUUCUUAUUUCUCUGGGGACCGCUGUGGCAUCCUAUUUCAUACCCAGCACUCUCGGUGUGGUCCUUUUUAUGACUGGAUUUGGAUUUGCCUUGAGUCUUAACCUGAGUGAGAUCGGGUUUGCCUUCAAGAAUAACAUGGUCAACUGCUUUGCUUCUAGCAAGUUGAAGAACAGGCCUGCUUGUCAUAAGGCACAGUUUGGAUGCAGGGAACUAAUUUUUUACUUGACUGUGUUUACUUUUGCUCUUUUGGAAGCCAGUUUGUUGCACUCCUUCCUUGGUUCUCAGACAUUUUCCAAAACCAGUUUCCAGGCUGUUAUGAGCUAUGUGCUGAUCCUAUUGCUUUUUGCCACAUGGAUUCUUAGAGAGAUCCAGACAGUUUAUUUAUUUGGAAUGUUCCGAAAUCCCUUUUACCCAAAGGAUAUCAUGGCUGUGAAUAUAUUUAUGAAGAAGCAAAAAAGGCUGAAUAAAAUUGGUGUGUUCAGGAGGAUUUUACUAGCAUUAGUGUCUCCAUUUGCAAUGAUAGCAUAUCUUUCCUUAGACAAUUCUCUGCAUCAUCUCCCAUCCAUAUAUAUUUGCAUUGGAUUCUCACGAAGCUUUAGAAUGGUGUGGCAGGACACAGAGCGUGCUCUUUUGGAUAUGGUUCUGGUGUCUGUAGUGCAAUUGUUGCUUUUCAACACUGAUUUUUGGUGGAACCGAAGCAUUGAUACUGGAAUCAGACUUCUACUGGUUGGAAUAAUACGGAAUCGACUGUUUCAGUUUGUUUCAAAACUGUGGUUUGCUUUCAUUGUUCUCCUGACGUCAUGGACAGAGAAAAAGCAACGUCGGAAAUCUGCAGCGACCCUAAUUAUGUUAAAUGUUGUCUUCUUCCCAAUUGUGCUGGCCUUUGUAGUGCUGGCAGCACUGCUGUCUUCGCCCUUGCUGCCUCUUUUCAGCCUCCCAGUAUUUUUGAUUGGCUUUCCAAGACCUAUCCGAAGCUGGCCAGGACCAGUGGGUGUGACAGCCUGUGUAUGUCCUGAUACUGUAUAUUAUCAGCAAAUGGUUCCAGGCUUGAUUACUGCAUUGCAGUCAGCAAUGUCCAUUGGUAGCCUGGGUCUCUGUUCACCUGGGUCUCACUACUUGUGCCGAUUUCAAGAUAGACUGGUAUGGAUCCUUGUGUUAGAAAGAGGCUUCACUUACUGUUGUCUUAAUAUCAAGGGAUUAGAAUUGCAAGAAACUUCCUGCCAUGCUGCUGAAGCCCGCAGAGUGGAUGAAAUUUUUGCCAUGGCCUUUGAACAGGAAGGACUUUUCAACCAACACUUUGGCAAUAUUUUAACACCUUGUUCUGUUCUUCCUGUGAAGCUCUAUUCAGAUGCCAGAAGCAUUUUGUCUGGUAUAAUUGAUUCACCUGAGAACAGGAAGCAGUUGAAAGACGACUUUGUGAAAGUUCUCUUAUGGAUGCUGGUUCGUUACUGCUAUGAGAAGUCAAAAACAUGCAGGACCCUUGAAAAGACGCCGAAGCAGGAGUCACUUCCAGCAGAGCCACCUGGUCUUUCUAGCAGGCCAGUAGAAAUAUGUUGUGAGGAAGAUAACGACUUCAGCGUGGAAUCGAUAGAGGAGUGGUCUGACGACAGUAACCUUUUUGAGGAUGAACCCAACCAAAAACCACCCACCGCAAAAGGAAUGGCACCACGAGGAGAUGUCCCACAGCCCUUCUUUUCUCUUCCAGGCUCUGUGGAAGUACACACUACGGAAGCUGAGGUAUCAGAGGCAGCCAGCGUGAGCAGACUCUAUAAAACUGUUAUUCUAGGUCUUCCUGCUGUAGACAAGCAAAAGCAAUGGGGAGAGAUGGAUUUGCCGUCCAUAAAAUUCAGUAACUCCUAUUCUGAGUCAUUAAGCAUUCCUGAAGGGUGGAGAACUGCACCCCUACCACUUGCAAAAUUCUGGAACACAAAGCAAAAGUUUCCACAAGACUGGUACCAUUUUUUACUUCACCAACUAGAUUUCUUUCACUUAAAAGAAAAUCCUGAAAGUUUACCUGAAGACCUUGUUAAAGACCCUGCUUUGGAGGACUUGUAUGUCCAGAGUGUCUUGUCCUGUUAUGCUGCCAUGUUUGGAGUAGAUGAUGCUGUUCCCUCUCCCAGUCACAUACUUAGAGCCUACUAUGGUACUCUGCCCUGGUCUCUCUGUUUGGACUGGUUAAAAGGGAAGCAAGAACUGUUUCACCUAGCACUCAAAGCAUUCAGAUACACAGUUAAAUUUAUGGUUGAUAAAGCAAGCCUUGGCCCAGCUGAAAAUUUUAAGGAGCUGCUAAACUGUUUUGAAGAAUAUGACCAUGAUUGGUACAUCGGGCUGGUGUCUGAGAAGGAGUGGCAGCAAGCCGUUUUGCACGAAAAGCCAUAUCUUUUCUCUUUGGGACAUGAUCCAAAUAUGGGUGUAUAUACCAGCAGAGUCCUCACCCUUCAGGAAUUUCUAAUACAGGUGGGAAAACUGAACAGUGAAGCUGUCAAGGGACAGUGGGCCAACCUGUCAUGGGAGCUGCUCUAUGCCACAAAUGAUGAUGAGGAGCGCUACAGCAUUCAAGCCCAUCCUGUCCUUUUAAGAAACUUGACCAUACAAGCAGCAGACCCUCCUCUGGGUUAUCCCGUUUAUUCCUCUGAACCUCACCAUGUGCCUUUGCUGUAGGACUGGGCCAUCUGGUUCUCUGUUCUAAAUUAAGACUGGCAAAGAUGUUUUAUGGGCUGUUAGAACCAUCAGUCAAAGAGAAGGAUGACAGUGGAAGCAUAUCUUCUACUAUGGAUCUGUGAAAAUCUCUCAGUACCAGGUAUUUGAACCCCUAAUUCUGGAGAACUGCCAAUGGGAGAUGUUAAAUGCUGGCUGAAGACACUUAAUGCAGGCAAUAAGUUCGUCAGUGUAUUUUUGUGAGGUUUUUUAAAACAUCUUGACAGGUGACUUGCACUGAGAUGUAGGUCACAGCUUGUUUACAUUAAACUACAGAUUAGUAAAAAAAAUGUACAUAAUUUCCCAUGAGUUUGAUAACAGCAGACUUAAUUUUUUCACUGAUUCCAUAGUGUACUUUAUUUGCAUUGUUGAAGAAAUAUUUGAAGAAACACUUAAUAUACAUAUUCAGCAUACAAAAACGAGCUUAUUGUUUAAAAACAGCAAAUUUAAUUAUAGUACUUUGGUAAAAAGCAGCCUAUCAUGAUUCAGGUAAGACUGACAGGGUUUGCUGUGCUAUGUAGAGA